AUGUCCUCCAGAAAACGCAAAUUUCGUAGCAAGAAGGCCAGGGGUGACAGAACUGUACAUGGCAGCCAGGAUACUGUCCAUGAGCCGGACCCUGCGUUGUUCAUACAAGCGUAUGAGGCAGACCUGAUACAUGGUUCCCAGGCCAGGAUCGCAGCGGCCGCCCUGGAAGUGACUGAUGCUGGUGCUGGGAGCGGGCUUAUUCGGUGGGGCGAAGAUGCAGCCAAGCGCAAGCCCUGCGGGACAACGGGAAGCCUCAACAUCUCUGAUGACGCCUACUUUCAGAGCGGAAGCACGGAUACGCUUCCGAGUGUAUGGGUUGAUAGAUACGAUGCACGUCUCUUACUAGAGUCUCUGCCAACACAGAGCGGUGCAGUGUCCGAGGCGCGCGCUGUUUCGCCCUCUGGCUGGUCUGAUUUACCCUCGGACACUGAGGACACAUUUUUCCUGGACCCGGACGAGAUUGAAUCGUACAAUAGGGAUAAGAGACGCCGUAUCUUGGACCGAGAUAGGGAGGCUCGUCUACGGGCUCUACAAGAACUAGAAAUUGCCAACGGCGUCGAAGAAGAUCCAUGGGGAGGGAGCGACGAGGAGCCGGACGAUGAUCAGAAGGACUUAAUGCGCCGCACCGCAAAACACAUUGUAACGUCUCCGAACGCGGCGCAACUUGAAAUGCGGAUCCUCGCCAACCACGGGGGCGACAGGCGCUUUGCGUUCCUACGCGGACGGUGGAAGCUCGCUUGGCAGGCCAUCAAAGGGCGCGCCAAUAUGGAGAAAUCGCGAGAUGACGGUGAGAAGGAGGCCAGACCAGCAGGUCAGAAGCCCGGUGGGCUUGGUGGGCUGACCAACUACGGUGAUAGCGAGGAGGAUGAGGGAAGUGGGGCUGAGCAGGCAGAUGAAGCUGGGCCCGGCGAUGUCCAGAAUGACGAGGAAGCUUUGAAGGAGAUAAGGAGGCAAAAGGCGGGGGAAUGGGCUCAGAAAAGACGCGAAUCACAAUCAACUUGA